UCCGCUUCAACUUACGAUGAGACGAUUCUCUUACGGCCCUCGGUUGGCCACGUUGUUAUCCAUUUUAGCACGAAUCUGCUCAAGCCACCUACACCGGGUCUAUGCGUACGAAUCCAGGGCAUAAUGUUUGUGAAACCAGGGAAAGGGGGUUUGUUCGCGCCCUCUCCGAGGAUUUACGAGCCCCCACAAGUCUUGAAAAUCUACUCUCGCAUGAAUCAUUCAAAUAUUUUGAAACUGAUGAGGCCUAUUGUCACGGCAUAUGCUACAAACAAACCAGUUCUCAUAUUGAGAAGCAACUGCAAUAAACGCAAGGCAGAUUUCGAACUUACCAUCCAAGAAAACAUCCAAGAACACGGUGGGAAUAUAGCUCUACUCAUCACCAGAUGGAUCAACUUGGGUUCUGGAUUAACCCCGGGUGACCUCCGAUGGAAGACUCAUGCAUACCAUGGGCUAUUCAAGGAGCCUGAUACUCUGGUCUCCUUUGAACCCGCUUCUAGCGGUAGUUCACUAGGAGACCUAUCUUCACGCAAUAUUUACUAUCUAAAAGAUGAAAGAUACAAAACAAUCGAUGGUAGGAUUCCCUUGUUUGAAAAAUCUUACCUGGACCCUCCCUAA